AUGCUCUUCUCCCUGAACGUGAUUAUCGUCAUGUUUCUGGCGCGCCUGUUCGGCUUAGAGCAGCUCGGCAAGGAGAAGCUUGCUGCCGCAUCCCUGCUCGUCGUCGGGGGCGUGCUGCAGGAGAUAGCCACGUGGAGGCGCGUGCAGGGCGAAGCCCUGGGCGGCAACGAGGUCCUGGGCUGCUCGCUGGCGAUGGCCGCCCUCGUGAUUGACUCGCUCAAGUGGGUUCUCCUGCAGGCCGCCCUCGCGAGGGAGGAGCCGCCCCCGCCCCGCGAGACCCCCGGCGAGCCGGCCCUGGUGGGCGCGGACGAGCCCGCGCCGCCGGAGCGCGGGGCCCCCGCGGCCCCCGCCGCGUCCGAGAGGGGCAUGUCCAAGCUCAGGGCGGUGUCUUGGGUGAUGCUAGCUGGGGUGCCAGUGUGCGCUGGCAUGACUGCCGCCUUCGAGCCCGGGGCGGCUGCCGCCGCUCGGCAAGCCGGGAGCGCGCUCGCAGGUCGUGUCGUGCCCCUCUCAGCGGGGGUCGCGGCCAUAAACAUGGCGGAGUUUGUGCUCGUGGAGCGGACGUCGGCCGUCACGUUCAACGUUCUGGCGAAUCUACACUCCAUCCCCAUCGUGGUGGCCGGGAUUCUGUUGUUCGCAGAGGACGUCGUCGCACUGGAGAUGGUGGGCUUCCUCGCGUGCGUCGUGAGCGCGCUGGUCUACUCGUGGGCCAAGGAGAAGGAGAAGCGGCAGAAGCUGCUCGACGAUGAGUUGGUGGUGGCCUGGAUUCCGGAUUCCGAGUCUGCCAGCCCAGAUCCGGAGUAG